UUCAGAUCUCCUCUGGUAGACAUGAAGUUCCUUACUGGCUUUCUUGUUGUGUUGGCAGCUGUGGCUUUGGCCAAGGCAGAGGGUCCAAAUACCAACGAUAACAAGAAUGUUAUUCACAUCAACCCAGGAGGUCCAGCCCAAUUAUAAGCUUGGCCUUUAAAACUUCAAAGAACCCAUGUAGCUUUCAAUAAACGAAUAACAGAACUAA